UCGUGUAGUUCUUUAUCAUUUGUAUGAACAUUUGUUUAGUCUACUUCACACUUGUCUUGUUCCCCGUGUCAAUAAAGUUCCUUUGAAUUGAAAUAAACAGACAGGCAGCAUGACGUCACCGGGGGCCAGCCUGGGCAGAAGUAUAGAAGAAGUACAGCAGAAAAAUAGCAGCAGAAGAAGAAGAAGAAGAAGAAGAAGAAGAAGAAGAAGAAGAAGAAGAAGAAGAAGAAGAAGAAGAAGAAGAAGAAGAAGAAGAAGAAGAGACGACGACGACGACGACGGCGGCGGCGGAAGAAGAAGAAGAAGAAGACGACGAAGAAGAAGAGGCGGCGGCGGAAGCAGGAAGUGAACCGUGUCGGGACAGAUUAGCCUGGUUAGCUUCAGGCUAACGCGCUGUGAUGUUUUUCGGCUGAACUGUGUGUGACCUGCGUUGCCAGGGCGAUGGCUCUGAUUGAAGGCGUGGGGGACGAGGUGACGCUGCUGUUCUCCUUCCUGCUGGUGCUCCUGGUGCUGCUGCUCGCCUGGGUCUCCACCCGCACCUCCGAACCCCCGGAGCACCUGUUCACCUCUGCCACAGGCCCCGCCCCCUCGCUGAGGACUGACUCCACCCAUCAAGACACGUUCCCCACCUCCUCUUCAUCACCCUCCAGCUCCAUCAGUGAAGCUUCCACUGCCUCCGCCCAGGAGGAGAAGCAUGAGGAGGGAGGAGGAGGAGGGGAGGGAGGGGAGGGGGGAGGAGGAGACGGGGUGAGGAGCAGAGGAGGAGGAGCAGGAGCAGGAGCAGAGUCUUCCUCACCUCAGAGGAACAUGGUCGUCAGACUGAAGUUUCUCAACGACACAGAGAGAACAGCUCAGGUGGAACCACAGGACACCAUCGGAUACAUCAAACGGACCUACUUUGCGGGUCAGGAGCAGCAGGUGCGGUUGAUCUAUCAGGGUCAGCUGCUGCAGGAUGAUACACAGACCCUCUCCUCUCUGAACCUGGUGCACAACUGCGUCCUGCACUGUCACAUCUCCCAGAAUGCCGGGCGGGGGCCAGCGGGGGGACCGCGGCCCGCGGACCAGGUGCAGGUGGCUCUGAACGUGGGCAGCCUGAUGGUGCCACUGCUGGUCCUCAUGCUGUCGGUGCUGUGGUACUGUCAGAUCCAGUACCGGCAGUUCUUCACGGCGCCGGCCACCGCCUCGUUGGUCGGAGUCACCAUCUUCCUCACCCUGGUGGCCUUCGGAGUUUACCGCCGCUAGCUGCUCCCUUAUUGGCUGUUGAGAUGAUAUGUCCUCCCUCUCUGAGGAAACUGACACUGACGGAGCUCAUGUUUGUUGUUGUUUCUGUUGCCACUGAGAUGGUGUAAACAAGGACUUUAAUUUUUAUUUUUUUUAGAUUAUGUUUCUGUAGUUUCCUCAUCUUCAUCAUUGUGCCUCUUUUACUGAGUUUAUGUCGACUGACAGACUGUAACAACAGGUCUCUCUCUCUCUCUGUCUGUGUCUGUCUUUCUGUCUGUUUGUCUGUAAAGCUUUUGAAGAGAAAAUCUAUUAAAUCAUUUAUUUAU